UGCUACUCUACUAUUGACGAUCAUUUCCAAGUGUGUACCUUUUUACACUGCACUAUUAAACCUAGCUGACACUCAAAGACAUGAGGCUGGCGUCGUAUAUUGACUCACAACAAUCAAAAAAUGCUGCUAAAGGGAUUGUAAAAUGGAGGAGACCUAUUGGAUGUGUUCUCUUUGUUAUCGGAAUCGUUUACUUGCUCUCUCUGCCGAGGAGGGACCUGAGUCACAAGGCAUUCUUCGAUGAGAACGCUCUACUGGCAGGUGUCGUUCGCAGAGAGUUCGCUGACCCCAAUACCAUAGCAAAGUAUGCUGAGAAUAUUGGGAACUUUGGAAGCGACGAAUUUGGUCUAGUUCAGUGGCUAGAAGGAGAGUUUAUUCAUCUAGGACUGGAAGCUUACACUCAGAACUAUUCCUUUAUCCCUCCUGUCACUGUGCAGCCAGAAGUUUCCAUAUCUGGAAGGAAUGUAUACGGAGUUUUGAGAUCGGGUAGGUCUAGCAGUGCAGAGGUUAUCGUCUUGGCAACCCCACUACAGCCUGACAACAGACACGGCAUUGCUGUCAUGCUCACACUGGCAAAGUACUUCAAUGCUAAAAACUUUUGGGCAAAGGACAUAAUUUUCCUAGUGACCUCACAAAAAGAAGUAGGAAUGCAGGCAUGGAUUGAUGGCUACAUGGGCACAGAAUCAACAGGUAUCUCAAGUCAUCCGCUGACUGGCAGAUCCGGCUGCAUACAGGCUGUUGUAAACUUGGAGCUACCAUCUGCCACAAUACAGUAUGCAAACAUCAUCGCUGAGGGAGUCAAUGGUAUCCUGCCGAACAUGGACCUGGUUACUGUUAUUGUCCACUUGUGCAAAAUGGAGGGCAUUGAGACUGCAUUUCAUGUCCAGUGGGAGAGUCUCCGUGGUUACACGGAUCCGCAGACACACUACCUCUCCUCUCUCAAGACUAUGGUUGCCAUAGCAGCACACCAGGCCCCCGGCCUCCCAUUGGCCAAUCACGGGCUCUUCCUCAAGCAUCGGAUAGAUGCUGUUACUCUGAGGGGCGUGGUCGGGACUACCUCCAAACUGAACAGUCUUUUCAACAUAGCAAGAGCGCUAGAGGGCACGUUUAGAAGUGUCAACAACCUCCUGGAGAGACUGCAUCACUCUGAGUUCUUCUUCUACACUACCUCCACGUCCUCCUUUGUCUCCAUAGGACUCUACAUGCCACCAUUUGGACUCAUGAUCGCACCUGUGGUACUGGAGGCCUUGGCCCAAUGGCUCAUGGCCAGAGACCCUGCACUAACAGACCCAAACAAAGAUCCCACUGCUGAUGACUCCAUGCGUACAGUUCCACCGUUCCCAUUCCCAGCGGUUGUGAGGCUCUUCUUGUCGUCGUUACUCAGUGGUAUCCUCCUCUAUGCCACACCCACUCUACUGGCCCCCCUCUCCCCUCAUAGUCUGGUCACGAUCCUCGUCACAGUGGCCCUCUGCUCAGCAACACUGCCACCACUCAUGAGGUCCCCCAGUGAUGGUUGGCGAAUGGCUAAAACGUUUGCCCUCAUUUUCCUCAUCCUAGCACUAGUUGCCACGGCAAUGAUGAACUUCUCCUUAGCUGUUGUCAUGGUGAUGACCUUGAUUCCACCGUCUCUGUGGGUGGAGCCUCUGGGAGAGCGUCGGGUGUUGUGGAUGAUGAGAGUGUUCAGUGUUAUUAUCCUCUGUCCGUUGGCUGUGUUGGUCUACCUGUGUGCCCUCCAUCACUACACCACAAUCCCUCAGGCCACGGUUUCGGAGCUAUUUUUCGAGGGAGUUGCUAUGGCAAUGAGGGGUGUGGUCCACUCGUACAGCUCCUGGCAUCUGAUUGGCUCGUGGCUCUUUCCGUUUGUAUGUGUGGUGGUGUGGCCACUCUGGCUAAUGAACUGGACUGUCUGUUGCCUACAGAAACCAACAAACAUACAAAGUCAUAUAGCUAGCCCAUCACAAUCAGUGUGUCAUGCUGACUAAAUUAUAACUAAUGGCAUUACCUUUUAUAUUAAAUGAAUCCAAA